GUACAACAGUCGCAACGAUAGCCUGCUUUGCAGGCUGAAACGGCAGUUGACCUUCGGCUUUAUCCGCCCCGCAAUGAAGUUGAUUCCUCCUUAGAGAACGGUUGACGGAUUGCAUUGCGUACGGAGCGCUGCCGCUGACAUCGUGUCCUUGCCUUCCUCGAUCGCACCCCUUGGGUUUCCUCAAUGCUCCGCACCGAAGACGACGCAGCUCUACCGGCCAGCGCAGUAUCUACACGCUAUGACUCGCCAGGGACGAUAGCGAAUAUGGACGGAAUGCGUGACAGUCAUAACGAACGAAGACGGGACUCAGCUAGCGGCGCGACAGGCUCAUCACAACCGGACUGGAUGCCAGCAACACCUCCGAGCCCUGAAGCAGACGGUGCAGUGGCUGUUAGAAAUGGAGUCGGUGACGACUCUGGACACGAUGACAACGGGUUACCCAGCCAACACACCCCCUACGCCGACCGGAAAAGCGGUCAGUCCUCGAUCGCAUCGGAUCAAGUGCUUGGAAUGGUAUUUGAGCACUCGGAGGAGGCUCCUCAGACCCCAGGCCGUCGUACGACUUCGAGAACAUCCCUGGUGGAUGUUUUCGAGGGCUCUGAAGUGGCAUCUGCGCUCACCGAGUGGUCGCGAGACACAUCGCCUACUAGGAACCACGACAAGGACCCAGAGCGCGUGCUGAAACUAUCCCCUGCCAAGAUGCAGGAACUUACAUCUUCACCGCAGUCCAUCCCGUAUCGCGCAGCGCCACCGGAGCAAUUAGAACGCGGACGACGUGCAGUGUCGGACGGCGCGCAUGGAAUGGCUUCGCACCUCGAAUCGCAAGAGCCCACGCUACCGUCUGUGGAAGAAAUAAAAUUGACCUCCGACAAUCUACCUAAGCUCCGCCUGCCCAAGGACCUUUCUAUCGAUACCUCGGCUGUAUCGACUGGUAGAACACCUGCGUCAUCCUCCUCGCGUAGUCGUCCCCAGACCUCACGGGCCGUGUCAACACCUAGCUCGCGGCGACAGACCUUGCCGGCGACGAACGAUCGGCUGGCCCAGACAUGGGCAUCCCGAACCAAACAAGAACGCCUUUCGAUCACGCGGGAAUCGGACUCGAAACAUCUUGAACCAUCUCCACAGAUGAAAGAACAGGCAUUGCCCUCGCCAAUGCCGCCGAAUAUACCUCUACCUCCUUUGUCCGUUCCCACUUACCUCCAGUUAGAGCUGGCAUCAGGUCGGCCAUCACCGCUGUAUAUUCACCGCUCACCGAUGAACGACUUUCCUUACGAAUCCUCUCGAGUCAAGCUUGAACGACUUAUGAACUUUCUAAUGCUGCCGCCAGCGGUAGAGCAGGUGCUCUGGUUUGGCAUCCUGGCAUGUCUUGAUGCGUGGCUGCAUUCAUUCACCAUUCUCCCGCUACGGUUUCUGAAGGCUUUGUAUAUACUUAUCGAGUCAUGGAUUCUAAAUUUGGGUCAGGAAUUCCGGUAUGUGUCAGAGUUUGUGAUCAAAGGUGUGGGCCGUAUGUGGCGGAGACGCAACAGGACAGUAUCAAUUGACGAGCCACCGCGUGGCUCCGAUGUGGGACGCUCGAACAAGGGCGAGACAGGCUCCGCUGAACGAGAUCCGCGUGGUAAGGCAGCGGAGCCUCGCAAGAGACACCGGUCGCAUGGACACCGACUUCAGCAUCGCCGACAGAAGAGCAUCCCAUCAGCUCUGAUGCCUGAUGACAAGGCCGACAUCCUCAAGGGAUUGCUCAUGAUUGCCACCUGCUGCGUCUUGAUGCGCUUUGAUGCGAGCCGAAUGUACCAUUGGAUUCGAGGCCAGGCAGCCAUAAAGUUGUACGUGAUCUACAACGUGCUUGAGGUCAGCGAUCGACUUUUUGGUGCCAUCGGCCAGGACGUGCUUGAGUGUCUCUUCUCGCGUGAAGCGCUUGAGCGACGACCCGACGGCCGCAGUAAGGUCUUCCGGCCAUUUGGACUCUUCCUCCUGGCGCUGGCCUAUACGGUCAUUCAUGCCACAGCGCUGUUCUACCAGGUUAUGACGCUGAACGUCGCUGUGAACUCCUACUCGAACGCACUAAUUACGCUGUUACUCUCGAACCAAUUUGUCGAGAUCAAGUCCACGGUCUUCAAGAAGUUUGAGAAGGAGAACCUCUUCCAACUUACGUGCGCCGACGUGGUGGAACGAUUUCAACUCUGGCUCAUGCUGACAAUCAUUGCAUCGCGCAACAUUGUUGAGACUGGAGCAUUCAACAUCUUCAGCGGGCUGGGAUCCAGCUUCACCUCAACCAGCACCAACAGCACUCCACUGUCUACUCCGCCUCGAACCUCCUCCUCCAUCCUCCCUCAGGCCUUCACGAUCGUCCCAUCCUCCAUUGUCGCCUCCUUCAGCCAAGCCAACUCGUACCUCCCGACCCUGGCGCAAGUCCUAGGUCCCUUCCUCGUCGUCUUAGGCUCGGAGAUGCUCGUCGACUGGCUCAAACACGCGUACAUCAACAAAUUCAACAACACCCGGCCGGCCAUCUACGGGCGCUUCCUGGACAUCUUAGCCAAAGACUACUACACAAACGCGUUCGCGGACCAGAACCUGACCCGACGACUCGGCCUGCCCGUUAUCCCGCUCUCCUGCCUCUUCUUCCGCGUCAGCGUCCAGACCUAUAAGAUGUUCAUCGCAGCUCUACUGCCCCAGCAGCCCUCCUCCUCCACGGCAGUGGAAUCCACCUCCCUCUCGGCCAUCCACAGCCAAUACGUGCCCGCCCCAAUGCCCUCCCCCCCGCCGCUCACCUUCCAAAACUUCAUCCCGACCUCAACCGCUUACGCCGGCGCCUGGUUCCGACAAAUGCUCGCCAACACAAUGCCAACCCCAGCGUCCUCGGUCUACAUCUUCACGAUCGUCCUCAUCCUAACCGGCUACGUCGUCCUCCUGAUCCUCAAGCUCCUCCUCGGCAUGCUCCUCCUCGCGCUCGCCCGCUCCCGGUACAAGGCCAUGAAACUGCGCGAAGCCGAGCAAUCCCAGCCCGCACCCACAUCCACAUCCACCGGAGCACCAACAGGCCCAGCGCCCGUCUCCGCAACCACAACAAACGACCCCGCCCCCGCCCCCGCCCCCGCCCCCGCAGCCGCGCCGCAACCCCGCCCUCGCGAAUUCGCAGUCGAGGGCAGCCGCCGCGUCGGCGGGUGGGGCGUCGUGGAGGUGAACGACGACCACCGGCGCUGGAUCUAUGCCGAUGACCCGGAGGGUCUCCGGAGACUGAAAGCGAAGGAGGAGAAGGACGGGAAGGCCGGGGGGAAAGAAGAGGUGCACUUGGAUCACGUGCGGCGGUAUGAGAUGGUGGCGAAGCGGAUUUGGUGAUUUCUUUUUGGGGGUUCCGUAUAUUGAGCAUGUUUAUUAUCGUAUUUGAUGUGCAGAUGCAUGGUGAUGUGCUUUGUCUAGAUGGAUAGUAUUAUCGCACAUAUUCUGAAGGAGG